AUGUUAAUAAGUUUAUAUUGAGGGCUACCUUUUUUUUUGUUUUUAAAGGGAUUUUUUGUUUUUGUUUCUAAUCGUAAGCAUUUAUUAUCAAUACUUUUGAGUUUAGAGUAUAUUGUACUAAAUUUAUUUUUUCUUUUAUUUAUUUUUUUAAAUUUGAUAGAUUAUAGAAGAUUUUUUAGUAUAAUAUUUUUGACCUUUAGAGUGUGUGAAGGUGCUUUAGGCCUUUCUAUUUUAGUUUCUAUAAUUCGUACUCAUGGAAAUGAUUAUUUUCAAUCAUUUAAUAUUUUACAAUGUUAA